GGGCACCGGGAUGGGCUGCGAGGGGGGGCGGGGGGGGAGAGGGGUCGGGCGUUGCACGGGGGAGGGUCGGGCGUUGCAGCAGCCCGGGCGUUGCAGCGGCGGCGUAGGCUUUGCAGCCGGGGUUGUUGCAUUGCCGCACGGCCGUGGCGGUGCUGCGGUGCGGGGUGACCCCCGCGUUGUCCCCCCCCCCCGCAGGGCGGUGGAGGUCCUCCUGCAGCGCGGGGCCGACCCCAACCUGCUGCUCCCGGGAGGGUUCGCCCCCGUCCAUCUGAGUGCUGCGGGGGGGGCCGAGCGAGGAGUGCGCUGCUUGCGGCUGCUGCUGCGCUACGGAGGGGACCCCAAUGCCAGGGCUGCCGAGGGGCUCACGCCGCUGCACGUCGCUGCGUCCUGGGGGAGCUGCGGGUGCCUGGAGCUGCUGCUGCAGAAUGGGGGGGACCCGGAGCUGCGGGACCAGGACGGGAAGCGAGCCAUCGACCUGGCGCUGGAGCAGGGCCAUGGGCUGUGCGUGCAGCUCCUGCAGGACUGGAGCCUCCCAGACCCCCACGGAGCCCGGCGCUCGCUGUCCUUCUUGUCCGAGGAUCGCACCGAUGCGGAGCUGCUGAGCAGCACUCGCGUGUCCCAGCUGGACGAGCUCGGGCUGGGGGGCAGCUGCGGGUUGGGGGAGCCCCCGUGCUGUGCUCAGCCCUCUUUGGGUCCCUCCCCCACCCCACGGCUCCCAGGAGGUCCAGCUCUGCCCCUGCAGCCCCUGGCAUCCAGCACGCUGCUCUGGGCUGGGGGUGAGUGUGAGGAGGUACCCCUAAAGGGGACGGGGGUGCGCUGUUCCCUGCAGCCCGGUGCUGGGGCCAGGAGCCCCCCCCAGCCCCUGCGUUGCAGUGGGGACCGUGGGGUGCUGGAAGCAGGAACCGGAGGCCAUGACCUCCCUGGGGACAGCAGCGAGGAUAGCGAGCGCUUCGUCACUGCAGUGGAGAUGCUGGAGCCCAACGGGGCUGGGGUGUGCCCAGGAGAAGCCCCCUCCUCAGAGGAGCUGCCUGUGCUGUUCCAGGGCUGCAGCCUCGAGUGCUCCCCCCCCGCACCCAGGGGCUCCCUUGCAUCCCGGCUGGCAUUGCUGCAGGGGAUGGCACUUUGCAGGGGCUGCAGCCCCCCCAGUUCUGCCACGUCACCCCCCGCACCAAGAGCCGCCUCCAGGCCUCAGCAGCAAGGCUCAGCGCUUCCUCCUCCUCCUCCUCCUCCCUCUUCGAUGCCAGCCUGGAAAAGCCCCGCAGGCCCCCCCGGGUCAGAGCACCCAGGGGUGUCCCCAGGGAUCCUGGCACCACCCCAGGACACUGCGUUGCCCUCGGUGGUGAGGAUGUGUCCAGAGGGGAUGGAGAAAGCACAGUGUCUUCAGAUGACACCCAGAUCCUCCCCAGGCCCCCCAGCCAGCCCAGCUCCCCCAUGGGAACCAGCAGCUCCAGCCCCACAGUGCUGCUGGCUCAUGGGGAUCACGGCUGUGCCCAGAACCCUCUGUCGGGUGCUCAGGGAUCCCUCAGCCCUACAGUGCUGCUGGGCCCUGGGGGUCACAGCCACCCCCAGGACUCCCCAUCAGAUGCUCGGGGUUCUCCCAGCUCCACGGUGCUGCCGGGUCCAGGGGACAGUGACAACCCCCCGGAUUCCCCAUCACACAUUCAGGGCUCCACUCCUGCCACUGACCCCGGGGUGCCGGAGCCAAGGACCCCCCCGAUGCCACGCACACCCACUGACCACAGCCCCCACCGCCCCGUGGAACCCAAUGUGCCCGCCCACUGAGCGGCGCAGUCCCAGUGCUGAGGCCACCGGCCCUGGGGAUGGGGACCGAGCGCAGUCCCUGCGGGUGCUCUCUGAUGAAGCGCUCCUCCGGCGGCUGCGGGCGCUGGGCUACGACCCCGGACCCAUCACGGUGCUCACCCGGCGCGUGUACCUGCGGCGGUUGGAGGAGCUGAGCCGCAGCCCAGCAGGGCACAGCCCUGAGCUGGCAGAUGCGCUGCGCACCGGGCAUAUCCCCAACUGCACCGAGGAUGAGAUGGUGUUGGCACAGCAAUUCGACCGCCCCGACCGGAGCCGACAUUGGCGCGAGGGGCUGCUCAAAGCCAGCUUCAACUACCUCCUGCUCGACCCCAGGACCACCCAGGACCUCCCAUUGCGCUGCCACCGCCUGAGCCCCAUGGAGUGCUUCAAGACCUUCGUUGAUGCCAUCUUCUAUGUGGGCAAAGGGACGCGCGCCCGGCCCUACAGCCACCUCGCCGAGGCCGUGACCCAGCACCGCAUGGGGACGAGGAAGGGCUGUCCCAAGGUGCGGCGCAUCCUGGAGAUCUGGGCGAGUGGGAUGGGUGUCAUCUCCCUGCACUGCUUCCAGAGCAGCGUGCCGGCUGAGGCGUACACGAGGGAGGGCUGCAUGCUGGAGGCCCUGGGGCUGCGUGCCGUCACCAACCAGCGGAAGGGGAACUGCUACGGCCUGGCAGCCAGCUGGUCCCCGGCACGGCGCCGGCGCAUGGGCGUCCACAUGCUGCACCGGGCAAUGCGCAUCUUCCUGGCCGAGGGCGAGCGGCAGCUGCGGCCGGCUGACAUCCAGGCUGGGCGCUGAGCCCCCCCGAGGCCUGGAGGCACCCCCUGCUCUUCCCAAAGGGGAGGACGGCUGCGUGGGGGUGGUUUUUACGUCGUGAACGCUGGCGAGAAUGUCUCUAUUUAUUUUAUCUCUACCCCUAAGUGGCGAUGAGUAAACGGCUGCAGCAGCUCA